AGGUCACCGCGCUCCCCCAGCCUCUGUACGUUUCACAACACGCACGUGAAUUACAUGUUUCUCCUCAAGAUAAGAAUAUGCUAGUGCUACCGGCGCUCAAUAGAAGUGCGAUGAAGAUCUUUCAAUUCACAACAGAUCGCAUCCGUUUUAGUAUCGUUCCAUCCUUAUUCAAGACGCCGCGUAAGCAAUAUGGCAUCAUAUAGUUCGUCGGGUGUGACGUCGACGAAUGUUCUUGUUAUGAACCUUGAAUUGUGAUAAUACCAUUGGCGCUCUUCAAGUAAUACCAUAUCUAGAGACGAAACUACUCUACCGUAGGAAAUUUAGUUUGUUAGUCGCAUGAUAAUUCCCUUUCCCACAUUGACGUAAUUAUUAUCUUUAUCAGGCCAUUCCGUUGUCGUUGAGUAAGAUGAAGAAUCAUGUUGUAGUGUCAAAAUAACACCAAAAAUAUGUUGUGCAACUACAAGGUUACGUGGUCCGUCGUCGUGUUCUUGUAGUCUUCUCAGUUUUUCGUUGUAGUACGGGGGGCACCUACGCACCAUGAGUUGAUUAAGCGACUGGUACUGACUAGUUCCUGUUCCUUGUCGACAUGGGCAAGAUGUUUACCCUGAUUUCUUGUAUUGUUAUGUGAGAAAAUCACAAAUAAAAAAUCAUGUUGUCCUCAGCCAGUGCCUCCUUGUCAGUGGUCUCGGCGAAAGUCUCUCAUGCACCUGUUGCCGCAUUGGCCACACUUGUACGACGGAUUGGGCGGGAAGCUGCGCGGAAGCAUGCGCCAAGCAUUACAACGCGACUCUCAGCGUCGAAUUCUGCAACAACAGGAUCAGCAGAUGACAAGUUUUUGAAGGCGGGGUCGUGUUCACCAGCUGCACACUUGGGUGUCGUAGAAAAUCUGCAUGAUAAAGGACGAGGCGAAGGGCUAGUACGAAAUCCUACGCGAGGUCGAGGAAGGCAUGAGGGUGAGGCCCGGCAUUUCCAGAGAAGACACUACUCUUGGGGAAGGUUGUGGUCUCGCUGGGGCAGUGGUGAUGAUCCGCAACCUGACAAAAGCACACUCAGCGGAGGAGGUACGGUCAUCGACAACUUGCGGUCCUCUUUUUCGAAUCACUCUGCCGCGCCAGACCGUGCACCCCAAGUUGCUACUGCAGAGCCUCCGGUAGACAACCCAAGCACAAGCACUCUCGAGGAGGACGGUAAAAGUGGCGCACCAGGAGUUCCAGCUUCUGAGAAGGUUUCAUCAUGGUGGAGUGGACAAGAACCGGCUGUGGAGCCUAAGAAUGGGCGCGCUGAGAGUCUUGGAUUUCGGCACGACCAAGAUGCCAAUACGACUUCACCAUCUGAGGCAGAUGAUAACGCCGCCAGCACGAUGAACGAUGCUAAUCCCGCAGCACCUCCUCCGAACGGUCAGCAGUUUGUGCGCAGCAAAAGCACGCCAGAAAGCUUCACUGUAGAAGGAGCAGCGCGAGGUUCAGCCGGCGCCCCGCCUCCUGGUGGAGACGCAUCUUCCUUUUCCCCGCCUUCUGCGGAUUACCUGUAUUAUCACCGAUUGCAGGAGCAGCUCCACGAGUUACACGAGAAAACACGAAAUUUGCCGCGAUUCGCUUUCAUGGGAAUCGCUGGUGGUCUAGGGCUGCUCUGCAGCAUCCUCUACAUGCGCUGGACAUGGGUAGUCGGCGCAGUCUCUGAUGAAACAAGCAAAGUCGUGAAGGAGGUACUGGUGGAACUGCUCAGUUACUUGUAUGUAACAAGUACAAGUAAAUGAUCUUGAGUAAUAGUUUGAACAAGAAGUAGAGGAACAAAAGGAAAUGAGGAAUAUUACCACUUCUACGAAGAUAGCCUGGGAUUUACAACAAGGCGAAAUAUUGAAUUAAAGAAGAUUAGAUCCUCUGAAAGACUCUGUCGUAAAUAUUAAGUAUUUUAGGAUGAAGAAUCAGAAUUAAUGAUCCAGGUAGGGGAGCAUUAAUCUGGCACGAAUAAAAAUUUUUUCUUUAAGAUCUGGUAAGCCAGACAAUGUAACGAGGGUUCGUUGUCCUCACCACCCCCAGACCAGUCGCAAAGCCUAUUAUAUAAAUAUCUGUCUGCGCAGAUUCCUUCUCGUAUGGCGUAUGGAGGUAAGCGAGAUUGGAAUCUAGCAUAUUCGAUUAUUAGAGAAAACCUCUACUCGCUUGUAUAAGUUGAAAGCGUUAGAGGUUAGCUUUAAGCACGGGCAUGCCGUGCACUUCUGGGAAGAAGUGUUCAGGGUGCUCGCACUUUGCAUCAGUAAAAGGUCUUAAGGGCCGACCUAGCAAAGGCUAUUCGCUAGGGGCAGAAGUCAUAGUUUAAUUGUGCAGGCUGUUAAUGAGUGUCCUGAAGAACUAAGGAUCUUUAUCGAGGGAUGGAGUGGCUGGCGCGAUAAAGUAGGCAUUUGUUGUCCAGCUGGUUCGUGAGUCUGCAUUGAUGUGGUUUGAUAUAAAAAAGAAUAUCUUCACGAUGUGAUCGUUCAUCAUCUUCUCAGGUCGUCGCAAGUGCCGAGUUGAAGGACGAGGCUUCGAUUUUCAGCAAGGAUCUUUUACACAAGCUGAUGACGGAUGAGGAAAUCUCACGCGUUUCCGGAAAAUGGGUCCUGGAGUUGAUUGCGUUUUUCGAGUCGGAGCUCGGCAAGCAGAUAGCGUCUCUUUUGAAGCAGGACGUCAUUUUGGAGGAGCUCACCCGCUUAGGUAUGGUCUGGAUACAGCGGCUAUGCGAAAAACCGGAAAUCCGUGAAGCACUAGCCGAUCUGGUGAUUCAAGUUCUCCUCUUGCCGCGUAUCUUGGACCAGACGGUGCAUCUGACCCGAGACAUCGUGAAAAGCGAAGCUGUCAUGACAGCCACAGCAGAAGCACUCUACGACAUCGUGACCACUGAAGAAGCGAUAAAUCGGGUGUCGACGCUGGGGCGGCGUGCAACUAAAGAGCUGUUAGAGGACGAAUUUUUGAAGCGAGAACUCGUCACGGCACUCUCGGAAACGCUGCGUCGGGAUGAGGUGCAGCGCAGUGGCCGAGCAGCGCUCUGGGGCAUCAUGAUGCCGGGAUUUCGUAUUCCCAUUAUACUUACCUUUAGUGCUACUACAACUACCGGCUUCAACGCCUUUCCACUUAAAGAUUUUGAAUGUUGUUGUAGGAGUAGGGUUGUUCUUUAAUAUGACUUUGACCAGCCUCGUUCGUAUUAAGUGAGGGUCUCUAUGAGGACAGAAAACCCAGCAUAAUGGUUUCAAACAACAGUUUCGCGCGAGGGCGAGAAAGGAAGUUUGGCGCAAAUGCUGGGUAGUGCAGAAGCCCAUUGGGAAAGCUUGCCUGAGGCAGAGAAAGAAAAUAUCCUUCGAGAGUGCAAUCGUCUAAUAUCAUCGAAAAAGAAAACAGAUGAGAGGAUGACCGUCGACCAGUAUCAGAAGGUGGAAAUACCCAUGCCUGAGCUUGUCAACCCUACUGUGCGAACAUCGCCAAUGGUGCCUAGUGUGCCUUCUGCGCUCGCCGUAGAAGAGAAGUCGUCAUUUGUAGCAAAGGGAAAGGCAUUUUCAUCAUCCUCGCCGACGAUUGCUCUUCGUGAUAAUUCUCCUAUUCCACCAGAUGAGCCGACCACGGAUGUUGUGGUUGUCACAUCAACGGAUCAACAUUUGCCAGAAGCCAGCUCCUCAAAUGAAGUCUCAGAAGUAAAGCCAGCCGACCACAAAAUACAUGAUGCGCAACGAGCCGUUACAAGACUUGCUGAAAAGGAGGAGGCGUCUGCCGUACCAAGUAUUGAGGAGCAAGGGAGACCACACCCUGCUGCUACUCUUGACCAAGAACAUGGUUUACUCUCCACUCCUACUUCACCUCCGAGUACAGGAGUGACUGAAGAAAAACCAGAAGUAGCGGCCGCCGGCUCGUGGAGCUCCUCAACAUCUGUAGAUGAUGUUGCGACUGCAACCCAGCCUUUAGCCGAUGCCAGCGGACCAGCUGCGGAUGUGAAGGCCCACCGCAUUUCGGAGAAGGGAUUUCUAGAAGAUGUUGAUCAUGUUCUCUCCGUGUCUGUAGGCGAGGUUACGCUCCACGCUGGAAAAGCAGAUCUAAAAGCAACUGCAUUGGACGGCGCAUCCCGUUCAUCAAGUAACAACGAAGAUGCCUAUGAUGAGCCAGAGAAGGCCACAGCUUCUAGAGUGGCGACAGCCCAGCCACUUUCAGUCCAUGAUGGCGUUGACGAUGGCAAAACGAAGAGCGAGAUAAGCAACAAGCAAGAAGAGGCGUCUCGUCCAGCCCCAGACUCGCCCGCCGCGUCGUCAUCAUCCUCUUCUUCACCUUUAGCCUUUAUCGCCUCCACCCUUGGAGAGUCGGAAAUCUUACAAUCGCUGGCAGCAGCGACAAAGGCCGAUUUUGAUCCGCUAGCUGCUAUGGCACCCCAUCAGCUGUUAGACGGCACAUCAGCAUUUUCAGAAGCGGCAACUGCAAAAACGUCGCAGCAGGUAAAUGACGUUAUUGAAUCAUCAAGGGGCUCUCCUGGCACUUGCACUUCCGCCUCAGCAGAGCAUAGAAAGGCUUUCGAGGUGUCAGACGAAGUCAAGGAUGACUGCAAAACCCAAGCAGAUCCGCAAAUAGUAACUGGUGUAGCAGGAGAAAUUGCGAAAGAUGUAGAAGCAGCAGCAAUUCGACGUGGUCGAAGAGAUGAAGAUGAUGGCGACAAAAAGAAGAACGUCCCAGUAAUUCUGGACGUAGAUGAUAAAAAUGCUCAAGAACUUCAAAGGCCCGCUGCGUCGAUGAAGAGUACCACACCUGCAGCUCGAGAAGCAGAGGAGACUGCAAGUGGCGAUGUCGAAGUGACGAAGGUACUAGACGAGACCACAAGCAGUGCGAUCAAUGCAGCGAGCAAAAGCAGACGAGAAAUCAAAUCGCCGGCUGGAGGUAGCGUAGCAGAUCUACGUGCUCUCGAUGCACCGACACCCGCCUCCUCAUCUUCUAGUCGGCGUCCCGAUUCCGAUGAAUCCGAAACAGACUACACCAAAAAGUCUGCAGGUGCUGAUGAGGAGGGCGAAGCCCACAAGAAAGGACGGCUUCUAGUUGCUGCUGCGACCAUGCUGAAGCACGAAAUAGGUGACUUCUGGCGAAGACACAAGGAUGAUAUGGUGUUUCUCCAUAGAGAUGAGCAGGUGAAGGAGGAGGAGGACUCGGCGCAAAAUAAAGGAGAAAAGAACACUUCAUCCUCAGCGGGUGAAGAGGCUAGUGAUGCAGAUGAUCGUCGUUUCCGUCUGAUGGAGAGGCUUGACGGCGUCCAUCAUGAAUCUCUCAUGGAUGUCAUAUAACUGGAACUGCUUAAAAAGGUUAACUACGAACAACAAACAAGCAGACGCAGUGAUCGACUUUAUCGAUCCUCAGAUAAAGUACACUAAUAGGUAUAUGUAUGAGCAUGAUAGCAUCAUGAUCUAUCAUUAACAACAUACUCAAAGACAAUGACGCAUCGAAUUAAUCAUGUGGUUUCGACUCAAUGCAGACGAGACCAUUUUCUUCCCAAAAUGAAGGCAUAAACAAAUUGCUUGUUGUACGUCCGCACAAUGGCAGUUUUGGUUUUCGCAUUCGCGCAGCGCCGUC